AACAAGGCCUUAGGGUGGGGGCAAGGCGCAGGACGCGACGAGGUAGUCCUCGAGGGAGAAGGGCGCGGGGGCGAUGGCGGUAGAGGUGGAGAGGAGGCGGCACGCGCGGCGGUGGAUGGGGGAGGGCAGCGGGGAGGCGGCGCGGAGGAGAGGGAAGAGGCUAUUUCGAAGGCGCAGCAUGGCGGCGGCGCAGGUGGAGCUGCCCAAGUGGGCUGGGCCACCAAACGUGCUGGCGUCCGAUUCUUCUAAAAUGGCCUUCCGUGCCGCUCGAUCUGGAUUCUGGACGGCGGGUGAUUUUGCCUUCUCCCGUCCGUCGACGGUUCGUCGCGAGCCAUUCAAAAGGCAGCAAAAUCCAGCUACCUCCUCUGCCUCCGGCGGGCCCUGCUGCGCCAUGGCGCUACAGCUGCAGGCCGCCGCUCCGUGUCCGCCCCUGCCACUCGCCGCCUCCCGCGGCCGCAUCGCUGCGCCUCGGCCUCCGCCUCCCUUCGUCAGCAUAGCUGUCGCCGCCGCCUCCAGCCCGGGCCCCUCCGCGCGCCUCUCCUGCCGCGGCCCCGCGCCUCGCUGGCGACGUGCGAGCGUGAGGGCGCACGCUGGUGCCGGCGGGCGGAGGGAGUCCCCGUACGAGGUGCUCGGCGUGUCGCCGUCGGCGGCGCCCAACGAGAUCAAGCGCGCCUACCGGCGCCUCGCGCUCAAGUACCACCCUGACGUCAACAAAGAGCCCGAUGCCCAGGAGAAGUUUCUGCGGAUCAAGCACGCUUACAACACUCUGAUGAACUCAGAGUCUCGAUCCAAGUACGCGAGCAGCAGUUCAGAUUCGUCCUGGUCCUCCAGCUCCAGGGCGAGCAAAUCAGCUGCCGCAGAAGAGCCGUUCUAUGGAUUUGCGGAUUUCCUUAAAGAUCUGCAAGCAGAAUUCCAGAACUGGGAAGCUGGGUUGAAUUCAAAUCAGAAACCUAAAAGCCUUUGGGAAGAGUUAGCAGCAAUUGGCGAGGAAUUCGUAGAAUUUCUGGAAAAUGAACUGAAGAUUGAUGACUCCAGCCCUGAGGACGUCACUGGAAAUGACCCAUACACCCAGUUUGGACAGCAGGCAAAAAAUCCUAAAGACGACAAGACAUCAACAAACAGCUUUGAUGACGGUCUUUCUGAAAUAGAAGCUGCUCUCGAGAAGCUGAAGAAGGAACUUGGACUGGGCUAAACCAUUGAUGUAGCAACUAAAGGUGUUGCUGUAGCUGCUGACUUCGUGUUCGUACAAAGUUUAUAUUGCAUAACAGAGGGAUAUGCGGCACCUGUGUAGUCCAUGACGCUUCCAUUUACCAUUUAGAUUGUACCAAUAUCUGGAACACCGUUGUUGGUGCAUGGACAAAUUCAGAGACUGUCAUGAAGAUAUAUAGGUCACAUCUAUUCUUUCAUGAGGAUGAUCUUCAGGGAGAACACCUUGAUUCUUGAUGUAUGUUGGAAUACUCCUCGCAAAAGAGUUGGUUACAUACAAUUUUACAUAUAAAAAGAGCAAUCCUUUUCGCCAGUUUCUAUGAGUAGUCUUCUACUGGUGGCAGAAGUACAUUGUUGAUAGACAGCUCUUGUUCAUGUUUUGUAUAGCCCCUUGUUUGUUCUGUACAUAUUCAGAUCUUACGAUGCAGGUUGCAAGAUUCAUAUCCUUCUUUGCAAUGACAUAUGUAUAGCUAUGGGCUGUUUUAAUAGGGUGAGUCUUUGGUUUAGGCGGUGUUUGGUUUGGGGUGUUAAAAUUUAACAGUGUAGCAGUUUCAUCUUAUUUGACAAUUAGUAUUC